UUGACCGAGUUCAUUUGUCUUCGGAACGGCGGCGUGUAAAGAUCGUUAGAAGUUUGGUGCGGAUGAGUAAAACAGGAGUGUAAAAACUCUGAACAGUUUUUAUUCACAAGUAAUCAAGUUAGAAAAAAAAACUAAAAGCUUAGAGUUGUUUGCUAUGCAGUAGUAAACAGAGACGAACUUGAAAGAAAUCAAAAGCGAACAAUAUUGAAAAAUUAAUUGUAAUUUGUGGAAAACAGUGUGCCGUUCCGAGUUUUUUUUCGAAAACGAAUAAUAUUUAGUGCAAAUUGAAAUGGGUCACCCAUCGAUUUCCUCGAGUCACGUUGGCAACAACACAACGCUGCCUAACGAUGGAGAUGAGCUGAAAAAGCGCAUCAAUGGCACAGCAAAGGCCGCUACAAACGCAUGCGCGCACGCUGGAGAGGCGCCCCCCACCAGCAAUCCACUGAAGAAGAUCGGUCUCUAUGAGCCCGUCUACAACGUUAAUCUGGAGGAGUAUACACGCACCUUUAAGGGUGACACAGUGUUUGGUGUCGAAUUCAAAGCGCCACUCAAAUGGGACAAAGUCAUACAGAUAUUUUUGGUGCAUAUCGUGAGCAUUGUGUGUUUGAUCUGUUUCCCGUUGCAAAAGCUGAAUAUCUACACGACAUUAUGGGCCUUCUUCAUGGGCGGCGUUGCCGGUUUUGGUGUAACAGCUGGUGCUCAUCGCUUCUGGACACAUCGUUCCUUUAAGGCCAAUGUAGCGUUACGUAGCAUAUUGAUGAUCUGCUUUUCAACAGCUGGACAGAAUACACUCUACGAUUGGGUGCGCGAUCAUCGUGUGCAUCACAAGUACUCCGAAACCGAUGCUGAUCCACACAACUCCAAUCGUGGUUUCUUCUUCGCACACGUCGGCUGGUUAAUGAUGCUGAAGCAUCCGGAAGUUUUACGUCGCGGCCGUCAAUUGGACAUGAGUGAUGUAAUGAAUGAUCCCGUUGUGCAGUUCCAUCAGAAAUACUUCAUUCCUUUGAAAAUUCUGCUCUGCUUUGUAUUGCCCACCAUUGUGCCAAUGUACUUUUGGGGUGAAGAAUUCCAUUUGGCCUUCAUUACGCAGUGUCUCUUCCGUUAUGUGAGCAGUUUGAAUUUCACCUGGUCGGUGAAUAGUGCCGCGCACAUGUUUGGCACACGUCCUUAUGAUAAUCGCAUCAAACCCACUGAGAAUAUUUAUGUCUCGAUCAUUGCCAUGGGUGAGGGUUGGCACAACUAUCACCACGUCUUCCCCUGGGACUACAAAGCAGCUGAACUUGGCAACUAUGUUGGCAAUUUCACCACAAUGGUUUUGGAUGCCUUCCAUCGCAUCGGCUGGGCUUGGGAUAUGAAGGAACCGUCCAAGGAUUUGGUGCGUCGCGUUAUUGAUAAAUAUGGCGAUGGCACACACCCAACUACAGACCAGACGACUGAAACAACAUCGGUUGGCAAUUUUCAUUAUGCGGAAGUACCCGAUCCUGAAUUUGAGGGAUCCGAUGCGGAGUCGAGUAGUACGGAGAGCACAAAGCUGGAUGAGAAUGAGAAUAUGAAGAAGAAAGUGCAAACGUAGAAUUCGAUAGUGCGUGGUUGGUGUUUAAAAGCCUAACUGUGGACUUGGUGUAAGUGAGCGUGAGACGUCGGAGCUCUUAAAAAUAUGGACGUGUGGCUGUUUAUUUAAUUUGUUUUUUUUUUCGUAAUGCGUAUGUGCUUUUAAUAAAUAAUGGGUGUUCCGUCUAUACCUACAUACAAACAUAUAUGUAAUUAUACAAAAUAUAAAUUAUAAUACUUAAUUAUAUAAAAGAAAACAAAAACAAAAAUCGGUUGAGUUAUGCAUGUAAUUCGUUUUUUCUCGGGUUAAGUGUAAUGCACAUUCGAGCACCCCAAACAAGCACUUGGCAUUAGUAACUAGGUUUUUAAGUCAGAAUAUGCAAAAUACGUCACAAUUAGCAGUUGUUGUAAUACUAGCCUGUAAGAAUUUUAAGUUUUAUUAAACACUUUUUGUACUUUGUAAACACACUUGGGGGUUAAUUGUGCUACAAUUUAUUUACGUUUAGUCAAUUAAGGCAAAACAUUCUCAAUUACAAUGCAUAUAUUAAUAUUGCUAAAUUUAUUAUUUUUAUUAAUAAGUAAGUGUGUUCAGUUGUGAACGAAAAUUUUGAUGUACAAUAAAAAAAUAUUUGAAAUCAAAUUACUAAAUGCUAAAAAAAUAA